CCGGGGGGGGAGUCAUGGCGGCGCCGCUGCUGCAGGCGUGGGGCCUGGGGGCCGCCCUGCGGAGCCGCGCCGCGCUCCGCCCGCUGGGGCUGCUGGCCCCGCCGUGCAGGGAGGCGACGGGGCCGGGGCCGGGGUCGGGGGAGGCGGCGCUGGAGGAGAACCCCUUCUAUGGGAAAUACCGGGACAAGAUCCAGGAGCUGCGGAGAUCCAGUCCAGAUGUAUUUGAAUCCCGUAUGGAAAAAAGAAAUGAAGUGAAAAAGCAGCCUGUGGGAUAUUCCAAGCAAGGAGAGUUUAUCAGAUGCAUGGAGGAAAAGGCAGAAGGCUUGGGCACAAAGGCAUCAAAGGGAGGCUUCACAAAAGAUAAGACGCUUGAUUCAAUCCUUAAUGUUGAGAUGGUGAAAGAAAAAUCAGCGGAGGAGAUAAAACAGAUCUGGAAUCAGUAUUUUUCUGCAAAGGAUACAGUUUAUGCUGUUAUUCCUGCUGAGAAGUUUGAUUUAAUAUGGAAAAGAGCCCAGAAAUGUCCAUCGUUUCUAUAUGCUUUGCCAAGAAAAGAAGGCUAUGAGUUCUUUGUGGGGCAGUGGUCAGGAACGGAAUUGCACUUCACUUCCCUAAUAAACAUUCAGACCCAGGGUGAAACUGCUCCUAGCCAGUUGAUCUUGUACCAUUACCCAGAGCUGCAGAAGGAGAAAGGGAUUGUACUAAUGACAGCAGAAAUGGACUCGAAGUUCUUGGUGGUCCAUGAAGCACAGUGCUUGGCGAAUCAGGUGCAGCUCUUCUAUGCAACAGAUCGUUCUGAGACCUACAAAUUAGUGGAGACGUUCAACCACAGAUCUAGUGAAUUUAAAUAUAUGUCAGUUAUAGCAGAGCUUGAGCAAAGCGGACUUGGAGGAGGACUGAGACCUGGUCAGGGUUCUGACAAGUCGUAGAGCUUGGCCUGUGUGAAGCGAGCCAGCAGCAGGCAGAGCGGUUCCCAGCUGGGGUGGUCAUGUCUCUUUUGGUUUACAAAUGGGGUUUGGACACAGAAAGGAUCUGGAGACAUCCUGGGAGUGUGGUGGACAAGGCUGUCUGGCAGUAAUGCAAGACUUGGGCCAUUUGAAUGACAAUAACUGGUUGCCAAAGUGGAGCCCUGCACUUCAGUGUAUCUUCAUCAGAACGAACCAUUUUCCUAUCCUGUAACUUGUCGCUGCAUGCCGUGUUUUUGAAAUCUGAAAUAGUGACAGAAGGGGAGAUGUAAUGGACUGCACUGACAUCAGGAGACAGAUAACAAUCAAUGUUUCUUCUCAGUAAAUGCAUUUUAAAUGCCCUCCGCCAUUAUAAUUGCAUGGUCCAGCGCUUUUUAAUCUGUGCGGAAUUUCUACAGGCUUGUCCAGCAAGAAAAGACAGUAGGAGCGAUGCUCUAAAACAGACUCCUUUUUGUUACUUUGUGUGUGAAGUUCCUUACACAGAUGUAUACUGUGACCUGUGUUAUUCUCAGGAUUAAAAAAUAGUGACUA